CCCCGCCUCCGCAGCCUCUAAUUGGGCGUGGGCGAGGGAGCUCCCUCCCUCCGCCUUCCCAUUGGAGCGCGCUUGCGAGCGACGCGCCCCAUUGGCCCCUGCGGAUUUGAGCACCAAAUUCAAAGAUUUUAAAAGUACCAGCUGGCGCCUUUUAGAAGCUAGAGAUCUCUGUGCAGGGGGUGGUCGGCUGCUCUGCCGCGGUAGCCGCUCCCUCACCUGAGGAGGACCCCACUCCCCCUGGCAUGAGCCGGAGCCGCUGCAGCUGCUCCCCACGGCCCCCCUCCAGCUCCUGCCGCUGCAGCUCCAGCGCCCUGACAGCCGCCGGGCGCCCUCGGCCCUCGGACAGUUAUAAAGAAGAAAGUUCCACACUUUCUGGCAGAAUGAAGUGUGAUUUUAGCUAUAACGAUGUUCAUUCUGGACUUAAACUGGUAAAACCUGAUGACAAUGGAAGAGUAGUUUCCUACACUCCUGCAUAUUUGGAAGGUUCUUGUAAAGACUGCAUUAAAGACUAUGAAAAGUUAUCAUAUCUUGGGUCACCAAUUGUGAGCCCCAGAACUGUAGAACUUGAACAAACUGAAAGCAAGCCCUUGCAUAACAAGGAAAAUCAACAUGUACAACAAACACUUAGUAGUUCAAAUGAAAUAGAAGAACUAGAGACUAAUGGACCUUAUGAAGACAGUGGCUAUUCAUCAUUUUCCCAACCAGGUGGCCUCAAUGAACAUGGAGAGGGUAGCCUUCCCCUGGAAGAAAAUUUCAGUGACAGUCCACAAUCUUACCUGCUACAGAUGCAAAGCCCAGACCAAUAUCCCAACAAAAACUUUCUGCCAGCUCUUCAUUUUGCAAAACUGGUUUGUUCAACAUUGAAAAAGAAUGCCAAACGAAAUCCUAAAAUAGAUCGGGAGAAGCUGAAGGAAUUUAUAUCCAGUGAUUUUAGACUACAGAAUAUAAUUGGCAGGAAAAUGGGACUAGAAUAUGUAGAUAUUCUCAGUGAACUCUUUCGAAGGGAUCUCAGACACGUCUUAGCAAAUAUUUUAACACAGCUCAAUGAUAUGGACUUAAUCAAUGUGUCUAAAGUGAGCACAACUUGGAAGAAGAUUCUAGAAGAUGAUAAGGGGGCAAUGCAGUUGUAUAAUAAAGCAAUACAAAGAGUUUCUGAAAAGAACAGUAAGUUUUCACCGCAAGCUUCAACCAGAGAAUAUGUUAUGAUCAGAACCGCAUUAGCUUCUGUUCAAAAAUCAGCAGCCCAGGCUCCUCCCAAAAAAGGUGCUCGAACCAAGUUAUCUGAUCCAGGUGAUCAGAAAGAUUCUACAUACAGUCGGCACAACGAGUUCUCUGAGGUUGCCAAGACUUUGAAAAAUAACGAAAGCCUCAAAGCCUGUGUUCGCUGUAAUUCACCUGCAAAAUAUGAUUGCUAUUUAGAACGGGCAACCUGCAAACGAGAAGGCUGUGGAUUUGAUUAUUGUACAAGGUGUCUGUGUAAUUAUCAUACCACCAAAGACUGUUCAAAUGGCAAACCCCCAAAAACCGGUUAUAAAAUGGGUCCUCUGCCUGGUACUAAGAAAAGCAAGAAGAAUUUACGACGAUUGUGAUCUCUUAUUAAAUCAAUUGUAUCUGAUCAUGAAGGUUAGUUAGAAGGUGUUAGGUUUUAAUUUAAAAAAUAAAUAAAAAUAAAUGUAUUGUGAUUUUUAAUUUUAUGUUGUAAUCAAUAUAGUACAUGGGAUUUUUCCCCCCAGUGAAUAAUGAGGAU